AUGCCGCCCCGUAGAGCCCCUACCGAUCAACAAAACGGGAUGCAAGAAUUUAUCGCCGCAAUGCAAGGAUUCUUUCAACAACAAGCUCAAGGUGCGCAAAACCCACAACGCAAUAACACAAGCGUAGUCGUAGAGCAGUUCCGACGUUAUAAUCCACCAAGAUUUGACGGGAUGAGCGGACCUCUAGCAAUGGAGGAAUGGAUAAGAGAGCUGGAGAUAAUAUUUGAACAUAUCGAGUGCACCGAUGCCCACAAAGUUUCAUGUGUUGUCUUUCAAUUAUGCGAGGAUGCUAGCUAUUGGUGGGAGUCCUUUAAGAGAUCCAUGACUGAGCAAGCACGACAAGGGUUGACAUGGAAUAGGUUCAAGGAGAUUGUGACCAACCAAUACUUUCCACGCUCCUACCGCAAUCAAAAGGAGGCCGAAUUCUUAGAUCUCAAACAAGGAGAGCUGUCCAUCACCGACUACGAAAGGAAGUUCAACCAACUUUCAUGCUAUGCCACACGCCUAGUCAACACCAAUGACCAAAAGGCGGAUAGGUUCUUAAGGGGAUUACGACCAGAAAUCCGAGGAAUAUUGGCGGCACAAGGAAUUGUGGAUUAUGCUUUGGCCGUGAGACGAGCGCAAGAAGUGGAGGCGGGUUUGGAAGUGGAUAAACUACCACGUAAGGAUAUGGUUAGGAGUGAAAAGAGGAAAUGGGAGGAUCCAAAUGAUGGAAAAAGAGAUGUGCAAAAUAAGAAGGAGAGAAUGGACGACAAACCCAACGAGGCAACGCCACGAUCCUAUCCACAAUGUUCUGAGUGCAACAAGUAUCACACCGGAGAAUGCUUGUAUCGAAAGGGAGUUUGUUAUUUUUGCCGCAAACCGGGGCAUAAAGCAACAUUUUGUCCAGACAAGAGAGGGAGGGAACCCGAAAGGCGAGGAAACGGACGAUUAUUCUAUAUGGGACAACAAGACGAGACGAAAAAACCUUAA